AUGGAGGUGUCAUGUUUGUGGAUGCUCCUCUUCACCUCUCUCUCAGGAGCCUCUGCCCAGAAUGCCCUUCCAGCAGAUCUGUUCGGGAAAGUGUUCCUGUUCCCCAGGGAGUCGGCCAACAGCUUCUCCGUCCUGAAGCCCAAGCAGGACAAGCCCCUGGAGGAGUUCACCAUCUGCUUGCAGGCCUACAGUGACCUCACACGCCCCUACAGCCUCUUCUCCUAUGCCACCGAGUCCCAGGACAACGAGAUCCUCCUCUUCAAAGAGGGUCCCGGGAUGUACAGCCUGAGCGUGGGCGGCUUCUGGGUCCUCUUCAGGACGGCCGCCGACCCUCCGGACUCCAAACACAUCUGUGCCACCUGGGAGUCGGCCACGGGCAUCGCCGAGCUGUGGGUGGACGGGAAGCGCCUGGUGAGGAAGGGUCUGCGGGCGGGCUACAAGGUGGGGGCGGGAGGCCAAAUGAUCCUAGGCCAGGAGCAGGACUCGUUCGGGGGCGACUUCAAACUCGACCAGUCCUUCGUGGGGGAGAUCGGCGACCUGUGCUUGUGGGACCGCGUCCUCUCCGAAUUCGAGUUGUUUGACCCCGACCACUGCGGCAACCUCCUGAACUGGGAGUCCCUGAGCUUCGAGAACAGGGGCUACGUCGUCAUCAAGCCCAAUAAUUAGUUCGGAGUCACCCUCUCGCCCGGAAAGGCCGGGGCCCCUUGGAACCCGUCCGGCCCCAACCCGAGCUUCACCCGUCACAUCCU